UGCUUGGAGUUUAGCGAUACCAGUUGCAGGAACAUUAAUGAUCAACUUCCGGUUAUUUGAAUGUGAAGAAUAAGAAUGUUUUCAUGUUUGGUGCCUUCUAAAUAUGUAUAAUAAAGAUGGACACUUGCCAACAGUUUGAAUGUUUAGUAUGAUUUUGUGAUACACACUUAUACAUAGACUGUAUAAGGACAAAGAUCAAAGAUGACGAUUGUUGAAAAGGCCAACAGUGCCACUGAAAAACAACAACCUGUAGAAAAAACCUCUGAAAUUAAUGUGACCAGCUCCAGUGAGAAACAAAUGGAAGGGGAGUCCUCUGGGAAUGAUGUUGUUAUGGAUAAAGAUGACCAAAAUAAAUCUGCCGUUAACGUCAAUACUGGACCUGUUAAAGACAUAAGGGUUUUAAAUCUAACAAAGAAAAUAUUUUUAUCCUUUCCUAUUAAAAGUGAGGAGCAAAAUUCAGAAGACACAACAGAUGUUUGUCUUGACAAAAGCUGUGGGUCAGUAGAAAAAAAGGACACCGAAGUUAUGUUGUAUAUUUCGCCCGAGGGGAACUUAUACAGUGCCAGUCAAUUAGAAAAACAUAAUGAAGACAUAGACAAAAAAUCACUGUUAAAAGAAGAUGGUGUCGUUUAUUUUAUAAAACCUUUAAAAGAUGAGGAACUUUGUGAUCUUAUAUUUGAAUAUUUAGACUUAAUCAAACAGGAGCCAAAAGGUUUAUUUACUUUAGACAUUGCAGGAAGUUUAAUGAGGACAGGUAAUAAACAGGAUGUUAAAUCAGAACCACAGAGUAUGUACAUGAUGGAGGCAGCAGUUGAUCAGAGUACUUCAAGCACAUCACAGCAAGGGGAAGUAAUUGUGAAAGAGGAACCAGAAGAACAUGAAGAAGAGGAAGAAGAAGAAGAAGAUGAAGAAGAAGAUGAUGAGGAUGAUAUUGAGCAGCUGCAGAGCUUACAGAGUGGUGGAGGUUUAACUGGGCAAUUGAGAGUUAAAGUAUUGCAGUCUCUAUAUAACAAAUCUAGAUUCCAGAAAAAAACAACAGCACCAACAGAGAUGACUAAAACACCUAAGAGACGUGCAAGAAAGACUAAAAGACCUAAGGCACCUGCAGGGAAGACUGAGAGCCAUGAGAACCUAUCAAGUACUACAGAAAUGAAAAGCAUAAAAAUGAAAGCAGGACGAAAGAGGAAACCUGGCAAUAGGUUGAUCAUUGACCACCUCACUGGUUUGUCCAUAAUCCAAAUGAAAAUGAACAUGCAGAUAACAAACGAUAUUGUAAAUAAAAAUUCCCAAGUUGUACCUAGUACAAAGAAGUCAAGAAAAGACGCCACAGACACCAUAUUGACAUCACCAGGAAAAAGUUUACAGUCUGAUAAAUUGUUAAAGAUUUAUGACAGUUGUUUGGUAACUAGAACAUCACCAGAUUCAGAUGACGAACUGGAAGAUUUAGGUUUGCAGGAGUUGCCUGAUAAUGCUCCAAAAUAUGCCACAUACUGUGAUGACACAGAAUUUCUCUCUGAAGAUGAUUUGGACAGUGAAACAAGCUCAGUCACUGGUAACAUGACUCCGACAUUUCCCAUGGAAAAAUCAUAUGUAAACAAAAACUCUGAAUAUAUUUAUAAAAAAAGUAAAAGAAUGGAGGAAAGGAAAAAAGAAGAUGAAUCAGUAACCAUGCCGAUUGAUCCAUCCCAAAUCAAGACAGAACAUCCUGACAUCUUCGACAUUGACUCCUUGGUCCACACUAUUAAUAGAAACUCUGACAUUUGUCCAAGGAAGUUCAAUAGGUCCUACCGAGAUAUUGAGACAGAAAUUAUAAUGACAGAAAUAACUGGAUCCCAAACUGGUUCAUCAGUUCAAAAAGAAACAGUUGUGAACAUUAAAAAGGAGCCUUACAGUUCACCUAUCAAAGGUUUGAUGGAAAUUGCAAUGCAGAAAGGUUUAGAAAAUAGGGACCAGUGGGGAAAUUUCAGUGAAUUUGAUAUUGAUAGUGUUGUCAAUGUUGUCAAUAGAAAAGACGAGGGGAGACUACUGGCAGAUAGUCAUACAAGUAUUGUGAAAGUAGAAGACCAAGGAAGGCAGCUUGAAGAUGGCAUUGUGAAUUUUGUAAAUAGAGAAAACCAUGGGAGACAACUAGGAGAUGGUUAUACCAAUAUUGUGAAAGAAGAAAUACAGGGGAGGCAACUGGAGGAAGAGGCUUAUUUUGGGAUGGAUGAUAUUGAAUCUCUUGUUCAUUUCACAAAUAGAAAAUCUCAUUCAGUCAGUCCUUCAAAGAACAAUGCUUCUCAACAGCCUUCAUUGUCAGCUAAACCUCAAACAAUUGUUGGCCUACGACUGACAGAAGAAAACAAGGGAAGUAAAUCUCCAAAUAAAAAGGGAGAUAACUCUUUAGCAUUAUCUCCUCAAAUGAAAAAAAACUAUAAAAUAAAAGACUGUUUUGUAGUUAUGGACACUGAUAUAGACAUUCAGUCUAAAAUGAUUAAUUUACAGAAAAAUGCAGCGUCUGGAAAGGAAAUUAUGAGCAAAAGUGAACAUGAUUUGAAGAGAAGUGGAGGCGUUUCUGAUUUAGAAAACAUUGCAAAGAAACCAAAAAUUGGUCCAAAAUGCAUGAAAAGACAAGACAAGGAUGUAGUAAAAGAUCACAAAAAGUCCAAAUUUGUUAUUGAUCACAAAGCCAAAGUUUUGAAGCUUAAUUUAUCAAGGUUGGAUAAAAAUCUUAAGGCAAAUGAGACUGAUAAAGAGAUUAACAACGAAGUGACCAAAAAGAUUGAAAUUGAAAAUGAAAGGAGAAAGGAGAAAUCUCAUCCUAAACAUAAGGAAGAAUCUGAAAUUGAAAGUAAACAGACAAAAAUUUCAGUAGAGAAUAAAGAAAAAGAAAGAUCAGAUAAUGAGAGUCGACAUAUAAAAUCUUCUACAGAUGGAAAUAGAAAACAGGACAGAAAACAUGAAAAUGACAGUCGGGAAUAUUCAGACAAACAUAAACAUUCAGAAAAACCUAAACAUCCUCAUUCAGAAAAGCAUAAGCAUGGAAGUUCAGAAAAACCUAAACUCGGACAAUCAGAAAAGCAUAAACAUGGAAAUUCAGAAAAGCAUAAACAUGAAUAUUCAGAAAAAUCUAAACAUGGACAAUCAGAUAAGCAUAAACAUGGAAAUUCAGAAAAGCACAAAGAAGUCAAAGGAGAAAAUUCUGAAAAGAACAAGAAUUUUCCUGAUAAAAGUGGGUCCAAAAAGGGAAAGGAUGACAAACAUAUAAAAUCAUCAAAAAGUCUAAAGAGGAAAGCAGAUGAAGAUGAAAGCAUUGCCAGUAAAAAGUCAAAGCAUGAUGACAAAACUGAAAACUGUGACGAAAAGAAAGAUUCCUUGAAAAAACAUGAGACUAAAAUGAUAUCUGUUGAGAUAAAAAAGAAAGAACAUAGAAAGGAAGAAAAACUAAAUGAUUCAUCUAAAAAAUUGAAUAAAAACUUGAGUGAUGCUUCAAAAACUAUAGAAUUGACAAUGAAAUGUAAACUUUGUAAAGAAAUCCAUAGCUCUAAAUCAGCAUUAGAAAAGCACAUGAUCAGUGUACAUAAUACCAAACUGGGCCGUAAAAGAUUUGGAUGUAAACUUUGUACUCAAUCUUUUGAUACAACGUCUUUUUUGAUCAAACAUAUCGAAUCGCACAAAGAGGAAAGAAAAAAAAGUGGUGAAGAAAAAGGAAACACAGAAACAGUUGAAACAAAUAAAAGAGAAGGAAACGGAAAGACAGAAACAGUAGAAACAAAAACAAGAGAACAAAAAGGAAAAACAGAAACAAUAGAAACAAAAAUAAGAGAACAAAAAGGAAAGACAGAAAUAAAAGAAACAAAAACAAGAGAAGAAAAAGGAAAGGCAGAAACAGUGAAAAUAAAAACAAGAGAACAAAAGGGAGAGACAGAAACAAAAAUAAGAGAACAAAAAGGAAAGACAGAAACAAAAAUUAGAGAACAAAAAGGAAAGAUUGAAACAGUAGAAUCUGAAAUAAGGAGAGAAAAAUUGGCAAUAAGUCAUGUAAGUGACAAAAAGGAAGGAACAACCAAAAUCACAGAUGACAUAAAAAAAGGAGAAAAGUCCCAUCAGGAACACAAAUGUGUCGUCUGCAAUGAGGUUUUCACCGCUUCACGUUUGCUAGCACAGCAUAUGAAAAAACACAGCAAUCUUCAGUGCAGUAUAUGUGAUAAAUACUUCAAAUCAAAGAAAGAGUUAGAGAAUCACGAAAAAUCUCAUACAAAGGGAAAUAACUCAAAUAACCACACAAAAUCUUCUAUGCAGAUUAAAGAUGAGGAUGAAAAUGAACCUGUAUCAAAUAACCUUGACCUCUCAACCACAGAAAAGGACAAAAUUCCAAAUAAUGCUAGGUUUCCUUGCAUUAAAUGUUCCAAAAUUUUUGCAAAGGAAGAGGAAUAUGAAAAUCACAUGAAGACGCAUAUGAGCCUCGUCACACCAGAAUUAGCAGGAAAAAGUAUCUUCCCUUGUACAAAGUGUAGCGGCUUAUUCACCAAGAAAGAAGAUUUACUAAAUCAUAUUAAAGUUCAUGAUGAUAAGGUGUCAAAGUGUGACAUAUGUCAUAAGAUAUUUCCAAAUGACAGUGAACUUGUUGAACAUAAGACAUUCCAUAACAUUCCUGAGUCUUUGAAAUGUACUGUUUGCUACCUCAGUUUUCAAUCAUCAUCUGAGUUGGAAGAGCAUGUUCAGACACACAAAGGCCAAGAGAAACACAAAUGUGACAUCUGUUUUAAAAGCUACACUAAAUUUGGCGGUCUUGAAGAACAUCGGGAAAAAGUACAUAACAUCUACAGUAAAAAGUGUAUAAAGUGUCAUGUCGUAUUUUUCUCAUCUUUGGAAUAUGAAAACCAUUUGGAAACGGAAUGUGUUUCGAAACAAAAUACAUGUGACGUCUGCAUGCAAAUAUUCAAAACUGAAUCAGAAUUACAAAAGCAUUUACAAGUUCACGAAGAGAGAAAAGACAUUGUUUGUUCCAUCUGCUCCAAGAAAUUUGAUAGCUUGAAAGAAUUAUUAAACCAUAAAGAAGUACACAUGUACCAGAAAUGUAAAAUUUGUUUUAAAAAGUUUGUAUCGGAAGACAUUUUGAAUGAACACAUGAAGGUACAUUACGGAAAAAAUUGUCAACAAUGCAGUAUUUGCGGGAAGUGUUUUCCGUCAGAGAGACUUUUUAAAGAACACAAAGACACAGAUCAUCCUAACGCAACAGUUAAAUGCGACAUAUGUCAGAAUACCUUCAAGACAUUCCCUGAAUUGGUUAAUCACAUGAAAAAACAUGAGCCAGAAAAGUUUGAUUGUAAAGAUUGCGAUAAAUCAUUCAAUUCUAGUAAACAAUUGUCGAAUCAUUGGAAAAUGGAGCAUAACAAAGGGAUGAGUUUCAUGUGUGGACAUUGUAAAAUUCCAUUUAAAACAGAAAAAGAAUUGACCACCCAUGUAAAAGAUUGUCAUGAUAAUGUGGAAUACAAGUGUGGACUAUGCGAAAAGAUAUUUUUAUCAGAAAAGAAAUUGACUGAUCAUAUGAACGCGCAUACAGCUCAGUUUCAAUGUGGCAUUUGCCAAAAGCAGUUUGGAGAAGAAGAGGAACUUCUUGAACACCUUAAUGAACAUACUUUUACAUCUGAUGUUACUCCAGAUGUGCCUGAGAAUCAAGCUGUUCUUACUCAUGUUCCAGCUGUUCUCCCAAAUGUUCCUGUUGUUUCAACUGUUCUUCCAGAUGUAAUUCCAAAAGUAAUUAACCUACCCUGUGACAAUUGCGGUGAAAAAUUUACUGGUCAAAGUGCUCUUGACAACCAUGUAAAAACUUGUAAGGUUGUUGAGGAAUUUCAAUGUGGAUAUUGUAAAUGUUUUUUCAGUUCUAACAACACAUUAGUUCAACAUAUCAUUACACACAUGGCAGCACCUGCAUAUAGUUGUGAUAUAUGUGGAGAAGUAUCCAAGUCGAAGGCUGAUUAUGAUAAACAUCAACAUAGCAGUGACAAACAGAGAGUUUUCAAAUGUGGUAUAUGUCCAUUUGUUGGAAUGACUAGAAACAGUUUAUUGAAACAUUUAGAAACACAUUUGUAAAGAAAUAAUGUGCAAAAGGCCACAAAAAUUUUUAAUUCUUCUAAAAUCAUUACCAAAGACCACUAACAUGUGUAAAUCAGUUUUUUUUGCAAGUGAUGAAUUUUGCUUUAAUGUGGAUUCAUUUAUUUUUGGUGGAUACCAAUUUUCGUGGAUUGAUGAAAAUUUGAAUUUUGUGUAUAUUUGAUUUCCUGGAUUUGCCAAAGUCUGUUUAGAAGCCUUUAGAAAAUUGUACUGUGUUGAAUAUUUAAAAUCCUGAUUGUCCUUUACCCACAAUAAUCAACGAAAAUUUGUACAUCAUGAAUAAAAAUGAAUCCAUUGUAAUUGUAUCAAGUACUGUAUGUUUUAAGAGAUAACACUUGUAGAAUAUAAAAUCGCUCGGAUGGAACUGUAGUAAACCAAAAGUUAUGUUACUGGAAACAAGGUUUUUCAUCUUCAGAUUAUAUUCAUAUGUAUACCAGACUACUGUUUGAUUACAAUCAUUGUACCAUUAGCUCUAGCUGGAAUUCAAAUUGAACUGCACAGUAGCUAGAUGAUCUGUUUAAAAAAUAUGAGCUGUGUCAGAUAGAAAUAGACCUUAUGCAAAUGAAUAUCAAUUCAUCUGUUAAACUAUUUCAGGUUGAAAAAAUCUCUAUGCAAAGUCUGUAAUUGUUUGAAAAUUGAGUUGAUAUAAGAACCCUGUAAAACAAACCAAAAUUCAUCUUUUAUUUCGUAUUUGAAUGUUCCAAAAUCAAUCAAAGUCUUAUACAUAUACAUGUAUAUGUGUACAGUGUACUUGCACAUAAGGUCGAUUUCUAUCCGAGGCAGCUCAUAUGAUAAUUGUAUUAGUUGUAUUGAUUAUAUUUUCUUUUUAAUAUUGGUACCAACUAAAAAAAUUAUGAAUAGGUAGCCAAAAUUUUUUUUUCUUCAUUUUUGCACACAAGUUUCAACCUUUUACCCCGAAGGGGUAUUAAGUGUUAACCAUGUCCGUACGCAUGUCCUAACAUUGGCUUCGGUUCUCUAACUUUAGUUUGCCUCAACCAAAUGUUAUGAAACUUAUACACAAUGCUUAUUACCAUCAAACACAGAUCAAGUUUGAAUUUUUGUGGCAUCUCUUUUACCAUUCUAGAGUUAUGUCCCUUUACAAAUGAAAAAAUUGCUGAUUUGAUUUCAUUCAAGUUUUUAAAACUUUUUGUAAAACAGAAUUAAAGUAAUCUGUGAUUCUUAAAUGCAAAGAAUAUAUUUAUAAAAAAUGGUUGGCAUAAAGAAAGUUAUUUUUGAGAGUUGUUUCCCUUAUGGAGAUCUAUCUUCUGAAAUUGAAGUAUUUAACUCUGAAUAUUUUGAGUUCAUUGUUCUUUGCAGUAUUUUUUACAUCAUAUGGUUACAUAUACACGACCAAAAAAUAUGUCUAAACUCCUGACUAAAAUUUCCCAAUCUCCUGACCUGAGUUUCACAGUUUAUCACAUGUUGUUUAAAUUUUGACAACAUUUGUCAGUGCAAACAUAACAUGCAUAAUGUUACUUAAAACAUAAUUACCGUAGAUUUUUACCAUUAAUUGUCUACUCAAUGGGAAAUCAGUCACAAAAUGGACCAGUCCUGAUAAAAGGUAUUUAAGGAUAAUUUGUGAGGCAGGCGUGAAUCUAGCCAUUUUUAAAAAGGGGGGGUUCCAAUAAUAUGUCCCCAGUUGUCAAACAAAAAGGGGAGUUCCAACCCCAAGAACACCCCCUGGAUCCACCACUGUGAGGGUAGAGUUCCAUACAAGACUCAAAACUGAAUUAUUUAUGGAUGAUGAGAGGUCACUUUACGUAAACAAAUAUUUAAAAAGGGAAAUUGUUUAUUAAAGUUUCAUGGGAUAGGGGAUGACAAAUUUUUGCAUUUCAUUAAAUGAAACCAUCAUUACUUUCUUGAAUAGCCUAUUAGAGAUAAGUAAACAAACUAAAUCAAACUGUUGUGGACUUCAAGUGACAAAGUAUGUUGUUUUGUAAAUAUGAUGUGCUGUUCUUGUUUUAAUUUUAACAUUUGUUUGUUGUAAUAGAUUGUAUGUUUACUUUAUUUUUAUUAGUAGAUUCAUAUUUGAGCUGCAUCGGAUAGAAAUCGACCUUAUGCAAAGGAAUAUCAAUAAAUCUGGUAUCCCAUUUCGGGUUGAAAAAAUCUCUAUGCAAAGUCUGUUUCUGUUUGAAAAUUGAGUUGGUAUAAGACCCCUACAAAACACCAACAUUCAUCAUUUUAUUGUCUCGCCUUGACGGAGUCAAAAAGCGAGAUAUAGGUAUGCUGUUUCCGGCGGCGGCGGCGGCGUCAACAAUGUAUUAGUUUGUGAUUAGGUCUAGUUCAUGGUGAACCACUAGUGGUAGGUCAAUGAUAUUUGGUAUGCAGUUGUAUUAGCAUUGGCACAUCUCAUUACCAUGGAGAUUAUUUGGCCCCACCCCCUCAGUCAAGGUCUAUUGACUUUGAAACUUUGCUUAGUUUACAUGUAUUAGUUUGUGAUUAGGUCAGUUUAUGGAGAACCACUAGUGGUAGGUCAAUGAUAUUUGGUAUGCAGUUGUAUUAGCAUUGGCACAUCUCAUUACCAUGAAGAUUAUUUGGCCCCACCCCCUCAGUCAAGGUCUAUUGACUUUGAAACUUUGCUUAGUUUACAUGUAUUAGUUUGUGAUUAGGUCAGUUUAUGGGGAACCACUAGUGGUAGGUCAAUGAUAUUUGGUAUGCAGUUGUAUAAGCAUUGGCAUAUCUCAUUUCCAUGGAGAUUAUUUGGCCCCGCCCUCUCAGUCAUGGUCUAUUGACUUUAAAACUUUUGCUUAGUUUACAUGUAUUAGUUUGUGAUUAGGUCAGUUUAAGGGGAACCGUUAGUGGUAGGUCAAUGAUAAUUGGUAUGCAGUUGUUGAAGCAUAAGCACAUCUUAUUUCCAUGGAGAAUAUUUGGUCCUUACUUCUCAGUCAUGGUCUAUUGACUUUAAAACUUUUGCUUAGUUUACAUGUAUUAGUUUGUGAUUAGGUCAGUUUAAGAUGAACCACUAAUGUUAAGUCAAUGAUAUUCGGUAUACAAAUGUAUUGGCAUUUGCAAGUUUCAUUUCCAUGGAGAUUAUAUAAC